UCCCCGGUUCAGCAGUCUUGUGACAGGAUGGACGCGUGGCGAGGAGGGCGGGGCCGGGCUGGACCCCGUCUGCCGGCCAUGGAGACCCGGGACUGCGGCUACCAGUUCCGGAUCGCGCUGCUGGGGGACGCGGCGGUGGGCAAGACGUCGCUGCUGCGGCGCUAUGUGCGGCCCCCGGAGCCCCAGGCCGCGGCGGAGCCCGAGCCCACGGUGGGCGUCGAGUUCUACAGCCGGGUGCUGCAGCUGCCCGCGGGGCCGCGCAUCAAGCUGCAGCUGUGGGACACCGCGGGCCACGAGCGCUUCAGGUGCAUCACUAGGUCCUUUUACCGCAGCCUGGUGGGUGUCCUGCUGGUCUUUGAUGUGACAAACAGAGAAUCCUUUGAACACAUCCAAUAUUGGCACCAGGAGGUCCUUUCCACUCAGGGCCCUGACAAAGCGAUCUUCCUGCUGAUUGGCCACAAGAGUGACCUGCAGAGUACCCGCUGUGUCUCCACCCAGGAGGCUGAGGACCUGGCUGCCUCUCUGGGCAUGACCUUCCUGGAGACCUCAGCCACAAACAACUGCAAUGUGGAGCUGGCCUUUGAUGUCCUCACCACUGCCAUCCAGCAAGCCCUGCAGCAGGGACACAUCAGGCUAGAAGAGAACUGGGGGGGUGUUCGGCUUAUCCAUAAUGCUCCAGUCCCAAGGCCCCCCAGCAGGAAACAGCAUCCAGCCCCUUGCCAGUGUUGACUCUGGGACAGAGAGAGUAACAGAGGUGCCAGCCUCACACACCUAAUGAGGCUGAGGUGUUAGGGUCUCUGGAAAGUGAAGGACAGAGAGUGAAUAGCAAUGGUAUCCUGGAAGGUCAUGCCAACUGGGUUUUGGGGUGUCGCCUCAAUCCUUUUCUGGGGAGAGAUCUAAGAGAUUCAAUAUUGUUACUUCCUAUCCUUGAGUCUCAGUUUCCUCAUCCAUCAGCGGCACUCAUAAAGGCCU